AAUGUCAACGGACGAAGGUCGCGUUAAUGACGAUACAUGGAAUUUAGAAGAAAAAUUCGCAGAAACCAUUUCCGGCCUAUGCUUUAUAAAAAAUAUAUUUAUAGAAGCAGUACGAAAAUACGAAGAUAUGAUGAAAGAAAGGAACCACUAUCGUAAACUCUGCGACGUUCAUUACGCGUCUAAGACGGACGAAAUGGAGUUGAACGCCUUAAAAAGCCUAGUCAGAAAAAUUGAAAGAGAGAAUUAUGGUGCCAUUUUAAAAGCUGCCUACCCAUUUAAAUUAGACAACCAUAAAAGGUUAACUGACCGCUUAGAGAGCGUAACCUCUCAACGGGACGGAUUGUCCGAGUUGGUCGAUCGACUUCGCCAUUCGUAUUUAUUGGCGGUCGAUGAUUUGAAGCGAAUUCGUGCGCAACGAGAUGAAGUAUUAUUAGAAUAUACGAAUGUGAUGAAAGAACGUGAUACGGUUCUCAAAGAAUCGGAUGAAACUUAUUCAAAAUUGACAGAAAUCGAACGGCAAUACGAAAAGACUAGGCGAGAGCGCGCUAGGCUUAAUUCGAUUGCCGACCAACUGCAAAGCGAAUUGGCAAGAGUAAAAAAGGAAUUGGUCGACUGGAAGAAUUCUACCAGUUUCUUGGAGAAAGAAUACGAUCGUUUGCUUAAUAAACAAAGCAAAGAAACGGAAAUUGAAACCUUAAAAAUGCGCUUGCAGUCUUCGAUCGAUGAGAGGAAAAGGAUUAGCGUCGAAAAAGACAAUUUACAAGCGAUUAUAAAUACUUUUAUCCAACAAGAUGCCGAACUGUUUAAACAGUUAUACAAUAAUGAUCAACAGCAAAUAGACCAAAUAAAACUUCUAAAAAAGAAUCGAAGUCAGGAUUCGGCUAUCGAUGCCGAUGGCGACGAAGUGGAAAUUUUAGAGUUCGAUUUGCCCGCCCUAACAACGCCGGCAGAUAUAGAUCUAGUUGCCGGUAACGACGAUUUGAAAUUCGUUAGAGAUGUCAGGCCACCGGCGUCGGAAAGGCUCAGAAUAAAUGAUGCUGUAAUAAGUAUCAACGGUCAUGAGGUAUCGGGUUACAAUCAACAGAUGGCGCUCAGAAUUUUGAGAACAUCCCUUUUAUCCGGUCAAACCCACUUAGUUGUCAAACGUAGGAAGCCAACUGGUAAUUUGGAGGUUAUACAUAUAAGAAACAGAGACGACUAUGGUACGGGACUUUGCGUGGAAAGAGGAACUUUUAUAUCGCAAGUUAUUCAUAAUUCUUCGGCCUAUUAUACUGGAAAAUGUAAUCGAGGAGAUAGAAUUCUAAACGUUAAUGGAAAGGACGUUGACUCAAUGUCUGAAGCCGAAUUAGAGGAAGCGUUGAAGCAUUCUGACGAUGUCACUCUAAUUGUGUCGAAAUGGACACCUACUCAAACGCCUUGUUUAACGCAAAGUUCGACGUCUACAUCCGGUAUAGCUGUUGAUUCGCCUGACGUUAAGUCACCGGUAUGGAGCGAAUCUAGUCCAGCGGAAGUAAAGAAGACGCCUCCAAGCCAGAGCAUUGAUAUACAACGAUCCGGUUCAUGGCCAGAGUCUCUGAUAUCCUUCGAUAAUGAUUCCAAAGGAAAAAUACCAAAGUUCAAAGGCGCUACUCCCGUUGUCCUCCGAGAUAGAAGAUCAACUAACAAAGGGAAUCCAAGGCCAAUUACCGUUCACUCUUUCAGGCAAAUGAUACAUCCUAACAAUUUAUCCUAUCAGCCGCCUAAAUCUCCUAGACCUGUGCAAACAGUUGGUAGAAGGACGAACUCUUCUAAAAUAAAUCCACCUGCAGAUAAACAAGAAGAUUCGUAUGGGUACAUAAGGGCCUUAAUAAAUAGGCAUGGAAGGGAUGGUGAAAUGGAUUUGGCUAUUGGAGAUAUUCUCAAAGUAAAAGAAAAGGAGACGAGUAGAUGGCUAGUCUCAAAGAUAGAUCGGCAAGGCUUCGAAAUAGGAGAAGGGAUAAUACCAUCCUUAUCAAGAUUAGAGGAAGAGCUUCCAAGACAAAGGAAUAACGACACCAAAGGAAUCAAAUAUAUCGUAAAAAAGGCCUUCUUCCGAAGGAGAAAGCAAGGAGAUAAUUUUCAUACCACAAUCUCUGAAGACUUUCAAAUAUUUCAAACGUUAAAAAGAAGAAGAAUAAAUAUAAAACGACCUGUCCUAAUUCUGGGUCUAUUUUCCAACGAACUAUGUGAUAGAAUAAGCUCAUCUUAUCCGAAAUUAUGUAAAUAUUUUAAAGAAAAAAAUCAUAGCGAAGACAAGAAUUUGAGCCUAAUCUGCGAGAAAUUGCACAUUCUGUUCGAGUUUGACGAAGUUGUCUUCUCAAACUUAAUUAAAAACGAUCUUCAUCCAAUUUUGCUCUAUCUUCAUUACAAAGAUGCUAACAAAGUUCUAAGUAAAGCUUGCGAAAAACAAAAAAUAUUAGAUGAAAAUCGUAAAAUAAGAAAUCGAUUAGAUUGGAAUAUUUCAGGUAUCGUCGACUGCUCUAUAGACUUGGAUGAUACUAUAGUAGAAUCAUUAAAAACAACAAUAGAGAAUAUACAAUCAUCUCCAGCAUUUAUACCAUUGACAAAUUGA